CGACUUUUAAUAUGUAAUUUCCGCUCGCGUCCAACUUCCUUUAUAAUCAGCUUAGGCGUACAAGCUGCCUCGUAAGUUUAUAUCUGAUGUGUGAAAAGUUGUGAAAAAAGAGGUGAGAUGUCGUUAUCAACGGCGCGACCGCUUGUAACAAUAUAUACCGAUAAAAAUGAAUCUUCAGGCGAUACAAUUUCUCUACCGGCUGUCUUCAAAGCACCAAUUCGGCCUGAUAUCGUGAAUUUUGUUCAUCAACAAGUCUCAAAGAAUAGCAGGCAGCCAUAUUGUGUUUCUAAGGAAGCUGGUCACCAAACUUCUGCUGAAUCAUGGGGUACUGGUCGUGCUGUAGCACGUAUACCUCGUGUACGUGGUGGUGGUACUCAUCGUUCUGGCCAAGGUGCAUUUGGUAAUAUGUGUAGAGGUGGACGUAUGUUUGCCCCAACCAAACCUUGGAGACGCUGGCAUCGUCGAAUUAAUGUUAAUCAGAAAAGAUAUGCCAUGGUUUCAGCUAUUGCUGCAUCUGGUGUUCCAGCUCUUGUACAAUCUAAAGGUCAUAUGGUUCAAGAGAUUCCAGAACUUCCUUUAGUAGUAUCGGAUAAAAUUCAAGAAUAUAACAAGACUAAACAAGCUGUUAUAUUUCUGAGACGUAUUAAAGCAUGGAAUGAUAUUCAAAAAGUAUAUAAAUCUCAACGUUUUCGUGCUGGUAAAGGUAAAAUGCGUAACCGCAGACGCAUUCAACGUCGUGGACCUUUGAUCGUAUAUCAUCAGGACCAAGGAAUUCGUAAAGCAUUCCGUAAUAUUCCCGGUGUUGAUCUUAUGAAUAUUAACAAAAUGAACCUGCUUAAAUUGGCACCUGGUGGUCAUGUUGGACGUUUUGUAAUUUGGACAAAAUCUGCCUUUGAAAAAUUAGAUGCUCUUUAUGGAACUUGGCGUAAGGAAUCCCAACUUAAAGCCGAUUAUAACUUACCUUUCCCGAAAAUGAUGAAUACGGAUUUGUCGAGACUUUUGAAAUCUCAAGAAAUUCGUAAAGUUUUGAGAGCACCAAGAAAGAAAGUAGUCCGCAGAGUAAAGAAAUUGAAUCCAUUGAGCAACACUCGUGCGAUGUUACGUCUUAAUCCAUAUGCAGCUGUUCUGAAACGUGCAGCAAUUUUAACAGCAAGGAAACGACAACAAGAAAGAGAGCUUGCUUUAGCAGAAAAGCGUGGAGUCAAGCUGCCAAAGAGUACACCAGCCGUCAAGACUAAGUUACUCCUUGAAAGACGGAGGAAGCAAAUCUUGGCUGCAAGAGCAGCGAAACCUAAGAAAGCGGUAAAAGCAAAAAGUGCAACAUCUGUUACUGCGGCAAAACCGGCAAAAACCACAAAAGCAUCCGAAAAAUCGGCAAAAAGUAGCCAGAAAACCGCACCCGCUAAGAAGUAAACAUUUUUAUUAAGAAUUUGUUGUUGACCCAUGAACUUUAUUUGUUUUGAAUAAAAUGUGGGAAGACAACUACAGGAA